GGAUGCUGGCCCGACGCUGCGUCCUCGCCGCCGUCCUCGCGGUGGCCAUCAUGGCCGUCGCUGCGCACUCGCAUGGCGAGCGCGGCCACCACCACCAUCAGCACGACGACGACCAUGGCCACUCGCACGACCAUCGCGAUCUUCUGCGACCUGAGGCGAUACCGGUGCCGCCCUCUGGAUGCCCUCAUCACCAUGGCAAGCAUGCGCACCAUGAUGAGCAUGGCCAUGACCACAGCCACCAUCAUGGCCACGACCACAACCACGAGCAUGGCCAUGACCACAGUCACGGUCAUGACCACAGUCACGGUCAUGACCACAGUCACGUUCACGAGCAUCCCGAGAAGCAGGCGCUUGCGGCCACGUCAUUGUCCGAGUGGAUGCAACUGUCGUUGUGGACCGAGGCGCUUUUCGCGACCGCGCUCGUAGGCGCGGCGCCCGUCAUCGUUCUCUUCUUCGUGCCACUUGGCCGCUCGACCGACAUCGCGGCGCAGAAGCCGCUCCUCCGCGUCUUUCUGAGUUUUGCCGCGGGCGGUCUGCUCGGCGAUGCGCUCUUGCACUUGCUGCCGCACUCGCUGCCAAGCCACAGUGACCAUGACCACGACCACAACCACAGCAGCGACGGCGGGCAUGCCCACUCGGUGGCCGACCUCGCGCCGUACCUCUAUGUGCUUGGCGGCCUCCUGUCGUUUCUUAUGCUCGAAAAGCUCGUGCGCGCCCACACGGGCCAUGGACAUUUGCACGGCCACAGCCACGACAAUGCGGCGCACAAGAAGAACGACGACGCCCCGGACGCGACGACCACGAUCGCCGCGGCCGGGUACCUCAACCUCGCGGCCGACUUUUCCCACAACUUCACCGACGGCCUCGCGAUCGGCGCUACGUUUGUGCACGGGCGCGCCAGCGGGUGGCAGACGACCGCGGCCAUGCUGCUGCACGAAGUGCCCCACGAGAUUGGCGAUUUUGCCAUUUUGCUGCAAUCCGGCUUUACGCGCCGCCAAGCCAUGUGGACGCAGCUGUACACGGCGGUUGGCGCGAUGGUUGGCACUCUGGUUGGCUUGCUCCUCGAGUCGGAAGCCGGCGCGUGGGUGACGCCGUUCACGGCCGGCGGCUUCGUCUACAUUGCGUGUACGAGCGUCUUUCCCGAGCUGCUCGAAGACACGUCGUUGACGUCAUCGCUCUUGCAGCUUGCCGCCAUGGUGCUCGGCAUUGCGCUCAUGCUGCUGAUUGCGCUCUUUGAGUAGUAGUUGUGUGCAUAAUGUACAUUCAACACUAAGACGACGAGAUCCUUCUCAUCGGAGCAGAACACGAGCGUCGCUGGUCACCCGC